AUGCGUCAACUGCUUCUUCUGGUGACUGGAACCUUUGACCACGCAGUCUGUUUUUAAUUUUCGGAAAAGUAAAGAAAUCGUUAGGACUUAGAUCGGGACUAUAUGGAGGAUGGUCCAAUAAUUCCACGUUUUCUUUAGUUAAAUACUGCCUUGUUUUUUGGACUGUGUGGGAGCUUGCAUUGUCUUGGUGGAGGAUGAUUCUUCUCUCGGGGUUGAUUUUUCGAAGCUCGGUGAUGACUUUUGGCAAACAAAUGAUGGUAUACCAAUCCGCAGAAACAGUUAUUUGUUCAUUAAGAGGAAUUUUUGACACAAACCGUUCUUUGACACCAAUUAAUCCUGGCUGCUUUCUGCUCUUCAGUCAACAGGUGGGCUAUCCAAUGAGAAACUAAUUUUCUUACUCC